AUCUGGAGUUAGUCCGCUAGGUUCUUCGAAGGCUUCGCUCUAAAAAUGAAACGGUUUUUCGUAAAAGGAGAUAAUCACACGGGUUUUAAUGAAAAAGGAAAUGAAGGAGAAAUAAGUCAAUAAUGCUAACGAGAGGAGGAGGGGCUAAAGGCUCAGGAAAUCGCAGAAGUCACGGUUCACAGGUGAAUACUUGUGUUGGGAAUGGUAAUUUUAAACAUGCGACGUGUCAUUCCGUCCAGCAAGGGUCUCCAUCGAUCAUAUAUUUCUUCGUGUGCGUUGAAUAUUUGAUUGAAAUUUACGAGUUAUUUGAAUGUAUCAUGGUCCGUCGAUUUGAAACCUUAUAGUAGGCGACGUGAAUCGUAUUCAUUAGCAUAUGCUCAAAGAAAUAAUGCCUCAUCUUGGAAGGAAUGAUCCCCAAUACUGCGCGUAUGAAAAUUGAAGAGAUAUACUUUUUGGAAAUUGCCAGGUAAUUUCAAAUUUAAUGCUAAAUAUUCCGAUUGAAAAUUCAGAUGAAUUCCAGAAUUCUCAGUUUCUAUAUCCACUUUAGUUACCCAGAUGUUCGCUGAAAAUGUUGAAUUCAAGUUUUUUAUAGAGUUGACUCUAGGAAUAGGAAUAGGGGAAUUUUUCGAGACAACCUCUCUUAGAAAACAAAAUCGGAGGAUGAAAAGCCUUGAUAUAUUGAUUAGUUCUUAAGACGAUUGUUUAAAAAUCGUCUUGAACUCGCGAUAUCAUGCCGUUAACAGAGUAUUUUAUAGAAGAAUAUUUCUAGCCAUAUUUUUCACUUUAAUUCUCAGGAACUCGUGAAAAACAAAAGCCCGAAUAUAAUUGACUUAUCCCGUUUCACAACUUUACAACCGAAAUGACGUGUUUCCCGCGAAGCGUGAAGCAGAUAAUGGAAAAAUUUCGCUUCCAAUGUUCGCAUUUCAAUGCACCAGAGAUGGUGCCAAAAAAAACGCACAAUAAAAAUUCACCCAAAACACUGAUGUUUAUUAAUACAACGAAUUUAACAAUAUUUCCCCCGCAAAACAAAAGUGCGUAAUAUUCACUUGACUCUCAAAAUGACGUUUUGUUAUAAAAUUCAUUUUUGUUGUUUUCCAUUAUGAUAUGUGAUUGUAUUAGUGGUAUACCUCUGCCAACUAGACAGAGGAGGGAAAAAUCGAGAAUUAUUUAAUCGUGUUGACUGGCUUUUCAGUUCCACACUCACUCGCUCGUAAAUGUACGGUUUUUCUUUUUGAAUAACGCUUCGAACUUGCCUCUAAUGUGUCUGUGUGUGUUUUAAGUACACGUCGGAGUUAUUAAAAUAGCAUCCAUAGUCCUCUGUGUCUGCGAGUGCGGGCUACCGUAGGCAAUACACUCCAUCGGCUCCCUCAGUUCUCGGGCAUGUCCGGUUCAACAGCGAUCAUUGAUUCUUCGAUUGAGAAUCAUAAUCGAUAAAUUCACUAGUCAUCCUCGAAGCACCCCAGUUAAAUGAGACAAAGUGAUCCAUCAUCUCCUCCUUCACCACCGUUGAAAAAUUAAUAAAUUGUGCGAAUCGCGGAAUGAAAGAGCUAGUAGAGUGACAUCUGAGUCUAGCGUAUUUUGAUAAGCGGUUCCGAACACUGGAGUACGCUAAAUUAGUCGUGAAAUGACGGAUUCAUUUCAUUUUUCAACUUCAGAACAAAUAAAUUGUUAGUGGAUAUUGUUUGAAGCGGAAACUGUAGGCGUAUUCAUUGAAAUCUCUUCAUCUCUUGAGGUUUUCAUGGAGGACUGUUUUCUCAAGUGAUUUUCUCACCUGUCUUCUCAAGAAAAAUUAUAUUUCUUUAAUCACAAGAACUUUAUUAAAAUUAAUUACCCUGGAGACGCCACAUCUGAACAAGGGAAAGUGAACGAUCAUUUCCUCCCUCUCACUCUCAAUGAAAAAAUCGUGUAAAUAGUGGAAUGGAACAAGUUGAGUGACACUUGAAUUUCAGCGUGUUCUCCUAAUCACUUUCUGAGCACUCUGGAGCACAUAUGUGGGUAAUGAGGACGGCUCUGUGCGUCACAGGCGCCGCGAGUCCCUGAAGACCAGGGUCAAACGCGUUGACUCUCAGGUGCCCCAACAACUCAUAAUUUUUUUUUAAAUACAAAAGAUGUUGAGAAAUCCCGGGAAGUUGACGAUUGCCUCGGAAGUGCCGAUGAGUGGAGGUGGUCAGAGUCCUGGUACGCCUGAGCCAGGCACUCCGGGAGGUAGUAGACCUCGAAAGAAAUUGUCCUUCAAGGAGCCGGAAUUUUUUGGCUACUUGAGGAUGAAAAAGCCGUCAUUUAGGGCAAAGCCACCAGUUCCUAAUCCUCCUCCGGCCUCUCAUCAACCUACUCGUGUUGCGUUGGAUGAGCAGCCGUUUGAGGAGGAGGAUGAGGACUUCGAAGAACUUCAGAGCCAAGCCAUGAGGGUAGUUAGAACGGUCGGACAGGCUUUUGAGGUGUGCCAUAAAUUGAGUAUCAAUGCAGCGUCCGAGGAGCGCGACCAGGAAAUUGAUAAAGAGAGGGAGCGGAGCGACGAUCAUCUGCCUCGUAAUGAGGAUUACGAAGACGAGAUGACGAAUGAUCGACAGCCGAUCAUACAGCCACGCUCACCAUCACCGAAUGUACACAAAGAUAUGUCACUCAUGGGGGAUGGGGAGGAUACAGGAGUGGAUCAACCACCUGCGGUUGCACCUUGUAUUAUCAGAACGCAUUCCUCGGCAUCGCCUAUCAGGCAAUCGCCAUCGGGAACAGUUCCAUCAGAAUGUGGAGACGUGCUCCUGCUUGGUGGAAAUGAGUUGACUUCUCUAAAACAUGAGAUUCAAUUACUCAGGGAGCGUUUGGAGCAGCAGGGCCAGCAGACUCGUGCAGCUGUGGCGCAUGCCAGGCUACUCCAGGAUCAACUCGCUGCGGAAACUGCAGCAAGAGUCGAAGCUCAAACGAGAACACAUCAAUUACUGGUCCAGAAUAAGGAGCUGUUAGAACACAUUGGUGCCCUAGUGAGUCAUUUGCGUGAGCAAGAUCGUGCAUCUGGUAUCCAUGGUGCUGUACAGUCACCAGGUGCUCAAGGAACAAAUAAUCUCAUGAAUCAACAAUCACCAAAUGUUCCCGACCUGUCCACUCUCGGCCAGUCUCACUCGAGAACACCUGGCCAGAGCUCACCCUGGGAGCUAGAACCACCGUCUUUCACGUAUUCAUACACACCAGAUCCCCUCUAUGGUACUGGGGGACUCGAUCUAGGGGGGUACGGUGCAUCCAAUGAUCAAUUGCACUUUCAGACGCAGCUACUCGAGAGAUUGCACAACAUAAGUCCUUAUCAGACACAGCGGUCACCGUACGCUACACCCUCACCCUAUCCCAUGCAAGCACCGAGUUUUCUACUGUCGCCGGCUAAUAAACCAUCGAAUUCCCACACAUCCAUGAGGCUUUCACAAGGAAAUAGUUUCGCCUCGUCUCCAGUGAUGUCUCAUAAAAUUCCGGGAUAUACUUCCCAAUCAGAGGAUCCAUUAUCAGAUCUCCAUGCCCUCAUAAAACCCCUCCCCUGCACGCUCCCCCGUCAAAGAAAUUCCCUGCACUUUGCCAGAGAUACUCAGGACUCGCGACAGCAGAGAGCCAGCUGUCCUCCCCAGACGACAGUCAUCCUGGAUCCACCCCCUCAAAGACGAAAAGCUGAACAGCCGAAACAGGACAGCCCGAGACCACAAGGGAGUCCUGCUAGGGAGACCCCGAGCAGGGAAUCCCAGUCCAUUGACAAAAACAUCCCUAAAAGCAGUCUCGCGACAAUCCUAAGAUCACCGGGACCUCCACCCUCCAGGACAACCAGUGCUCGGCUCCCAGCACGGAAUGACCUCAUGAGCCAGGUACAACGGAAAACCUGGGCACGCCACACGACCAAAUAGAACGGGGAAUAUUUUAUGUAUGAGUCGGUUUCCAGUUCCAGGUUGUUUGGAAUACAUAAAGACUAAUUGCUAUAGGAUAAUUCAUUAUUUGUGUAAAGUAUUUCCGUCUUUUUCAAGAAUAUUUGAAUGAUAUUUUGGGAAAUAA